CUGAUAUCAAUGUCAUUAUUGUCAUUGUCAAUAAUUAGAAAUGUCAAUUUGACAAUUGUUAAGUGGUUGUUAAAAAUUAAAUGGUUAUUCGGAAGUGAAACAUUGUAACUAUGGCUUUUAAUUACGCAAAUAUUCACUCAAAUGCUCGUCGUCACAAUGCCGUACCGCCGCCAACAACUGGUGUAUCCAAACAAGGUUAUUCCACAAUGAACGCCAUCAGCCAAAAUGCCUUAUCAGCAGCUUGGGGUGGUACCAGUAGGAAACGAGCAGCCACUGAAGAUGAGUAUUUCGAGGAAGACGAUGAAGAACAAGUGCCCGAAUUGGCAUAUAUUCCUGCUCCAGGAAGUCCAACCAGGGUGGAAAUGGAACAAAAAAGACACGUUGAAGAGGAGGAUGAUGAUCCACUCGAUGCUUAUAUGGCUGGGAUUGAGCAGCAGAUGCAUAAACAGCAAACUUCUCAACAAUCUCAGCAACAGGGCAUCAGAAAUGAUUUAGAAGAGGAAGAUGUUGAAGAAUCAUAUUACAGGUACAUGGAAGAAAAUCCCAAUGCAGGAUUGCUACCAACUGACGAUGACUAUCCAGAAGUAGAAUAUGAUGAAGAUGGAAAUCCUAUAGCACCAGAUAAAAAGAAAAUAAUUGAUCCCCUGCCUCCAAUUGAUCAUUCUGAAAUUAAUUAUGAACCUUUUGAGAAAGUGUUUUAUCAAGAACAUGAAGAAAUUGAAGCUUUAACUGGUGAGAAAUUAAAAGAACUGAGAAAAACUUUGGAUAUUAAUGUCACUGGAAACAAUCCCCCUAAGCCUGUUACAUCUUUUGCUCAUUUUGGUUUUGAAGAUAAGUUAAUAAAAACCAUUAUUAAAGCUGAAUACACUACACCCACUCCUAUCCAAGCUCAGGGUGUACCUUGUGCCCUUCUCGGUAGAGACGUUCUAGGAAUUGCACACACAGGUAGUGGUAAAACAGCAGCAUUCUUGUGGCCUCUAAUCAAACAUGUAGCUGUCCAAAAGCCUGUUGAAGAAGGAGAAGGCCCCAUAGCUUUGAUUUUAGCUCCUACUAGAGAGUUAGCCCUGCAAAUAUAUACAGAAGCAAAAAAAUUCGCCAAAGUCUACGAUUUGAGAGUUAUUUGUGCUUACGGUGGGGGCUCUAAGUGGGAACAGAGCUUGGCCUUGAAGGAAGGCGGAGAGAUUGUCGUGGCAACGCCCGGACGAAUCAUCGAUCACAUCAAAGGUGGCGCUACCAAUCUACAAAGGGUAACGUUCCUAGUUUUGGACGAGGCCGAUAGAAUGUUCGAGCUGGGUUUCGAACCGCAAGUGCGAUCAGUUUGCAAUCACGUGCGUCCCGAUCGACAAACUUUGCUUUUCUCUGCCACGUUCCGCAAAAGAAUAGAAAAACUGGCCAAAGAUGCUCUGACGAAUCCCGUGAAAAUAUCUCAAGGGACUACAGGACAGGCUAAUGAAGAUGUUACGCAACACGCGCUGCUUUUGCCCACUCAGGAGGCUAAGAGGGAGUGGCUGUUUGGUAAAUUGGUGGAACUGCUGUCAGCGGGAUCUGUUUUGGUAUUCGUUACCAAGAAGUUGGAUGCUGAAUUGGUUUUUAGAGAUAUAAUAAUGAAAGAAUUCGAAUGUUUGCUUUUACAUGGUGAUAUGGAACAAGCUGAACGUAAUAAAGUAAUAAUGUCAUUUAAAAAGAAUGAAUGUCCGCUGCUGGUGGCUACAGAUGUGGCAGCUCGAGGUUUGGACAUUCCCCACGUCAGAACGGUGGUUAAUUACGAUAUAGCGAGAGAUAUAGAUACUCACACUCAUCGAAUCGGUAGGACUGGUCGUGCCGGCACUCAGGGUACCGCUUAUACCCUGCUGACGCCGAAAGACAAAGAAUUUGUCGGUCAUAUCGUGAAAAAUCUCGAGGCGGCGCAUCAGGAGGUACCGCAGGACGUUUUGGAUUUGGCGUUGCAGAGUUCUUGGUUCAAAAAGCAAAGAUUUAGGUCAAAGAAGGACUACAACCCGAACAUCGGCGGUAUGGGGUUGGGAUUUAAAGAGAAAUCUUCGAGUCCCGCACCCACUUCUAGUACAAACUCUUCAGCUGCGCCUAGAGGACCAGCUACUGAUCGGUUGUCGGCUAUGAAGCAGGCAUUCAAAAUGCAAUACGUGAAUCAAUUUACAGCAAGUACUGAACAACCCCCUCCCACAGCGAACAGGAAGAAAACGCGGUGGGAAUAAUUCUUUUAAAUUUGUAAGAUUUUUAAAUAUUGAACUAUUUGACUUUUUCAUUAAUGUACGUUGUUUUUUUUUAUUUAAUGGAUGAUUAAUUGUAGAUAACCAAGUUUCAAUACAAUUUAUUCUAUAGCCGA